AUGAGAGGUCUGCCUCACCACCUUCUAGUGGCCUCUGCCCACCGACUGGUGACGCGUCCCUCUAGCAGCUUCCUGGCCAAAGCUGGGAUGCACAUGCAGCCCUCGAGGCUGUCACUGGCUGAAAAGAUGCUUGGCGCUCCAGGGGCCCAAAGAGAGACCUCGGGCAAAAACAAGGAAUCGGAAGCAGAGUCUGGGCAUGAGGUGAAUCAUGUGCGAACCCCAGGAUACAGGGAAAACACCAUGACUGGAAACAGGACCGUGCCAGGGGUACUGGGCCCAAGGCCUUGGACGCAACAAGAAAAGCAGCGGGUCAGUCCCACCACACGUCACCGCGGGUGCGAAGGGGCGGGGAAGCCGCCGAGCUCUGGGUCGUGGCACUACUCGCCGCUGCCGCGUCCUGCGCCCCCGCGGGCCGGCCCAGCUCUCGCUAGCCCAUGCUUGGCCCCUGCGACUCUAGACAUGAACGCUGUCGGGCUCGGAGCGAACAGCGGGGGCGAAGCGGGGCGGGGUCCUCUACCCUUCAGUGUCGAGUCGCUGCUGGAGGCUGAGCGCCGAUCGGGCUCGGAGCCCGGGGAGCCGGGGGAGGAGAGGCCACCCGGCGUCGCCAAGUCCGGAGUCUGGCUCCCGCCCAUCCCGCACGCGUGUCCCCCACGUGCCGCCAGUCCUCCAUCCUGCACCCUCCGAAAACACAAGAACAACCGCAAGCCUCGGACGCCCUUCACUACCGCGCAGUUACUGGCACUGGAGCGCAAGUUUCACCAGAAGCAGUACUUGUCCAUUGCGGAGCGCGCGGAGUUCUCCAGCAGCCUGAGUCUUACCGAGACGCAGGUCAAAAUCUGGUUUCAGAACCGCCGGGCCAAGGCCAAGCGACUGCAAGAGGCUGAGCUGGAGAAGCUGAAACUGGCGGCCAAGCCACUGCUGCCGGCAUUCACCCUGCCCUUCCCUCUGGGCGCCCAGUUCCAUACCUCCGCAGCCGCGUUCGGCAGCGCAGCAGUUCCUGGAAUCCUCGCGGGGCCAGUCAGCGCUUAUGGCAUGUACUACCUGUCUUAG